UACGUACAGAAGAAAUAUAUUUAUGGACCAUGCGCAGCUGGUUGGAUUACUACGUUGCUUCGUAGUAGUGAAGUGAAGCACCGAGUUUUUAUUUGUAAACACAAGAGUGCAAGUAUAUUUCGUUAAAAAAAGAUGGACGGUUACGAUACGCGAAAAAAGAAUUGGGAAGAUUUGGACGUUACGAAAGAGGAGUUGGACAGUUUCACGGAGUGCAUGAAAAAGGAAGAAUUUCGAAAAUUGCUAAUUGAAUACGCGGAAGAAGUGUCGAAUCCGGAAAAUCGUAAAUUGUACGAACAAGAAAUAACUCAAUUGGAAAAACAACGGGGCGUUGACGUUACGUUCGUUAAUCCGGAGCCCGGUUACGUCAUUAAAACUAGCUUGAACGGCGAUAAAAAGUGCUUUGUUAAUAUCAGCAAAAGUGAAAAAGUCGGUAAACCAUCCAGUCAACCAUCUUUUUCUGAUGGCAAUCGGGGACUUCGAUGGUCAAUACCGUACAGCCUCGCACCACCCCGCGAAGAUUACGACAAAAAACGUCUUCGAUGCACCGUUUUCGAUGUCGUUUUUCAUCCCGAUACUCUAUAUCUCGCUUCCAAAAAUCCUAGUUUCGCUAAAAUCGUCAAUAACACUGCUUUGGAUGGCGUCGAAUCCAAUCAUAAGGUGAAGUUGGACAGAAAAAAUAUGAAAUUUCCAAAAAUGACAUUCAAGGGCUUGAGUCAACCAACAGUGAUUAGGAAAGCAAGUGAAAAACCAGCGGAAACGCCACUGGACAUAGAUCCAGAGGUUUACGAAAAGUUGAUGUCAAGUUAUGACGAAAGCAGAAUUCCAAAACAAAUGGAAGAUAAGCAGCACCGAGCAGCUCCAAAGUCAACAUAUUACAGGAGCGAGAAGCAGAGCAAAAAGGAUGAAAAUUCAGUUUACAGCGUGCCGAAGUUUAUGAUAAAGCAUCAGAGUGACAUUGACCUUCAGGAUUUCCGAGACUGUGUAGACGCAAAGAUAAAUGCAGCAAUUCCAAAGAGCCUGGUAAUUGAAAUCGAUUUGCCAUUGUUGAAAAGUGCGAGCGACGCGUCUCUGGACGUUCAGGAACGUUCGCUCUCUCUUAAAAGUGAAAAGCCAGCGAAAUACUCGCUGGAACUUCCUCUGCCUUAUUGUGUCAACGCUGAUGCAGGAAACGCCAAGUUCGAUUCGAAAAACAAGAAGUUGACUGUCACAUUACCAGUUGUAAGGAAAAAUAUAUCACUUGCCGAAAUGCGGGACAGCGGAGUGGAAAGUGAUCAUGGAAGUCCUCUGGCGAGUCUCGGUGAUGAGGCAAUCUCUAACGACAACGAAGACUCUGUUUCACAAGAGUCAUCCGUGGAUGAAUCUCAAUCGCGUGUCGUGGUGUUGAGUGAAAUUGAUCCAACGAAUAAUUCUCCCCAAAACACUGCUUUACGGACUAGCAAUUACCCAAACUCGAACGAGUCAUUCCUUAAUCCCAAUAUCAAGUAUACACUGCCGCCAUUUGUUUGCAACAUUUUCGACGACAAUUUAGCCAUCACGAUAAACGUUAAAAACGUCGAUUCACAAUCCAUCGACUAUCGGGUGCUCGAUUUUAAUUCCGGUAUUCACAUCGUUCUCACAUCGGUCGGUGCAGGAUUUUUUCCUGUUUAUUAUGCGCUGUGCUUGAAAAUUCAUGAGGAAUCCGUCGCCUCGAAAACUGUCACUGUCGAACCCUGGGACAACAAUGUCGUUUUUACUAUCAAUCUAAAAGAUACCAACUCCCUUGAAAGAUACUGGGUCGGCUUGGAUGAAGAAUUCAUGGAAGCUAAAGAUUUAUCUUCCAAAAUGUCUCUCACCAAUAAAUUCGAACAGCUCAUGGUGGAGCCACAGAGCGAUCGGGAUAAAACGGUCGAAGUGAUCGCCGAAGGUGAAGAUAUCGUGAUCAACAUUCAAUCGAAUAAUUUAGAUUCGGACGACGAUGACGAUCAUCAGAGACUGGACAUGUCUUCGAGAAAAAAAGAGAGGAAACACGGUUUGUCGAAAUUUCGAUCAGUUUCGGAGAGCAGUGGCGACGAUUUACCGAGCAGCAACGGCAGCGUUUCUAAGGGGAUUUUAAAAUCACGACGUAGCACAUUCUCACGCUCUGUUUCUGAGUCCAGCAUCGACGAAACUACUGGACACAUAUCUUCCGUCGAUUUUCAUUAUGACUCGAUUCAAGACGUUAAUUCUGAGUCGGAUUGUUCGAGUUUCAAAAAAUCCGUUCGAUUCAACGAUGUUGUUUCCCGGCAAUUAUACAGAUCCAACUCCAGUAUCCUUGGUCAGCGGAAAAAGAAUCAACGAAAAUUGAGAAACAAGAAACGCGCGCAUGAGCGUCGUAUGAGCGAGAGCGAAAAUUCCGAGACUGAGGAUCGUGAGAAAUAUCGAAUAAAUCAUCCAAAAGACAAUGGCCCGGAUGAGGGAAUUCACGACAGCGUAAAGCCGAUUUUGAACCGGGACAAAUUGUCGGAAAAUCGAAAAAGCGAUGGCAUCCAAAUCGACAAAAUACAAAAUAACGUCAGCAAUCAUUCGCACAAAACGAAACGCGAUAAAAACAACAAAGAAGAUGUCAACAUUUUGGAAAAGUGCGAUAAAUUUCAAGCGAGUAAUUCUGUCGGCACGGAAUUCAAAAACGAUCUUAUAUUCGACCUCGAUAUUUAAAACUUCAAGAGUUCACGAUCGAGGUCGCUGCAUGUGAUAAAUAAUUUAGUCCAACCAAGUCUGAGAAUAAUUACGAUUCCAAUGUAGCGAUUCUUUCACCAUCUUUAUUAAUUAUAUUUUUACCCAUUAUUUUAGCUUGUGUUGGCGGUACAGAAAUAAUCUUUUAAUCAUUAUUUAUCUAUUGAAAGAUAUAUUUUCAUAAUUAUAUCAACUUUUGCUUUCAAAUCGCUUCACGUAAUGUGAAAUGAUGCUAGAAAAAUGAAGCAUAAAUUGACAAUGUUAUAAAUUAUCGGGAAAAAAUUGUCGUAUUCUCGUUGUUUAACAAUGCAUAAUCAUCAAAUUCCUGAUCGAGUCUGCUCGGAUUUCGCGGAAAUUUCAAUACACCAAGUGAUAUGGAGUUUUGUAAUCGAAAUUUUGAAAUGUAUGACUUUUCGAAUCGAAAAAUCGAUAGAAAUCCGAAAAUUCGUCGAAAAUACAAAGAACAAAAUGUACAAAAACGAAGUCCGAACAUCUGCAAAACUGUCUUCGAAUCGAAUCCUCAAAUAUUGAAUAAUUCAAUGAGUAAUUAAAAUUGAUAAAGUUUUCUUGAUUCGUCAAUCGACGAAAAUUUGGCUCACUGUGAAAAAUCACGAAAAAAUAUAUUUUCGGGCUCAGCUCGCCAUGAGUGGAAACUGCAGAGCUAAAAACGUUCUAUCGAAGCAACACCAACGAUUUGAUUGAGCUACUCGAUGAUAAGAACCGUUCAAUUUUCAUAAAAACCGAAAACUCUCGAUAUUUACAAAAAUAAAAAUCCUUCGAUUUUCAUAAAAAUAACCGAUAGAUUUUUACCGAGAUAAGAAACAGUCAAUAUUCACAAAAAUCAGAAUUUUUAAAAACGUCCAAAACGAUCAAUUUUUACACAAUCAAUAAUGUUCAUUCUUCACUGUCACGAAGAAGUACUGCCAAUGCGACACAGCACGAAGGGUGAUCCCAAUUUUUCUGCUUACUGAGAAACCACUCGAUUUUUCCUUUUUUUUUCUGUCGAUCGAUUUUCAACACAAAACGCAUAAUAUUUUAGGGAUUGCGAUGUUUGAGAGAGAGUUACGAGGGCGAGUGGCUGCAAAUUUCGAUUGUCAAGUAUCGACCGUACCGCAGAUUAUUUUCUCGCCAAAUAACAACACAGCAAGCGAUUUAAAGCUCAAUUAAAGAUCACCGAGUGAUAGAAAACCGUAGCAUAUAAGAAAAAGUUUCAUCGUGCGUGUGUGCGUUUCAAAGCACGAGUAUAAAAGCCAUUUAAAAGUAGAUCUGAUGAGCGGGCUUAAGAUCUCUCGAAAUGGAAUGAAUUGUGACGCGGGAAUGAAAAUUUAAAAAAAACUUCCUUCAAGCGUCGCAAAUCGAAAUUUUAUUACGAAAUCAGAACAAGUUUUAUCGAUGGAAAAUAAAAAAAUAAAAAAGAAAAACACGAAAAAAUAAAGAAAAUCAUGUUUGUGUACUCGCAUUUAUGUAUAGCGAGCAUUGCAGCGAGAAAUGCCUUGGGUCAUUGAGCAAUGCUCGUUCCUAAAAUAGAUUAGAAAAAACUAUUGAUAAAGUGAAGAUACGAAAA